UUCAGAAAAAAACAACAUCCGCCCAUCACCAUCAUCAUCAUCAUCAUCACCAUCAUCAGGAGGAACCACACCUGAUGGAGCUUCAUCCCUCCACCAUGGACAGUCUGCAGGAGGAGCAGCGCUACCUCAAGAGGAGAGUGAAGGGCUGCACGCUCGACGUCCACCCCACGGAGAAAGCCCUCGUGGUUCAGUAUGAGGUGGAGGCGACCGUCCUGGGGCAGCUGGGGGACCCGAUGGUUGGAGAACGCAAAGAGUGCCAGAAAAUAGUCCGCCUGAAGAGCCUGAACGCUCACACCGACACGUCGUCUCUGGCCCGGAAGGUGGUGGAGGAAUGUCGUCUGAUCCACCCGUCCAAACUGCACGAGGUGGAGCAGCUGCUCUUCUACCUGCAGAACCGCAAACAGUCAAACGACAACCAGGAGAGGAAACGCAUCUCACCACGAGACCUCACGCCGUACGCAGGAGUGGAGCUGGACGAGGUGGCGAGCAUCAACAACAUCGACGAGUACGUGGAGCUGCUGUACGAGGACGUGCAGGAGAAGAUCAGAGGAGCCACGCUCAUCUACCAGCUGGCCCGUAACCCGGACAACCUGGAGGAGCUCAUACAGAACGAGACGGCCCUCGGAGCUCUGGCCAGAGUUUUGAGGGAGGACUGGAAGCAGAGCGUGGACCUGGCAACAACCAUCACCUACGUCUUCUUCUGCUUCUCCAGUCUCUCGCAGUUCCACGGCCUGGUCACACAUUUCAAGAUCGGGGCCCUGUGCAUGAACAUCAUCGAGCACGAGCUGAAGAGGUACGACCUCUGGCAGGACGAGCUCCAGAAGAAGAAGAAGGCUUAUGAAGAAUUCUCUGAGAACCAAAAUCUGAAGAAAGAACAUGAGAAGUCUUUCAGAAAGUACCAGAGCCUCCUGACCAAGCAGGAGAUGCUGCUCAGAGUGGCUCUGUGUCUGCUGCUGAACCUGGCUGAGGACACCCGCACGGAGCUGAAGAUGAGGAACAAAAACAUCGUCCACAUGCUGGUGAAGAUCCUGGACCGUGAGGACGAGGAGCUGCUGCUGCUGGUGGUGGUCUUCCUCAAGAAGCUGUCCAUCUUCCUGGAGAACAAGAACGACAUGGCUGAAACCUUCGCCGUGGAGAAGCUGGCUCGCCUCGUUCCCUGCGAGCUCGAGGAGCUGCUGAGCGCCACCUUACGCCUCCUGCUCAACCUCUCCUUCGACACGUCGCUGCGCAGCCAGAUGGUUCAGGCCGGACUCGUUCCCAGACUCUGCUCGCUGCUCGCUGACGAGGGCCAGAGACAGCUCAGCAUGUGCAUUCUGUACCACAUCAGCAUGGACGACAGAUUCAAGUCCGUGUUUGCCGACACAGGCUGCAUACCGCAGCUGAUGGAGAUGGUGUUUGACUGCGGGGAGGAGAAGCUGGAGGUGGAGCUCAUCUCGCUCUGCAUCAACCUGGCCGCUAACAAGAGCAACGCUCAGAUCAUCUGUGAAGGUAACGGCCUGAAGAAGCUGAUGAAGCGUGCCGUGAAGCUGAAGGACGUUCUGGUGAUGAAGAUGAUCCGAAACCUUUCUCAGCACAACGGACCCACCAAGAGCCUCUUCAAGAAACACGUCGGUGACCUGGCAGCUCAGAUCAGCGACGAGGCGGCCGAGGAGUUCGUCAUCGAGUGUCUCGGCACGCUGGCCAAUCUGACCAUCCCAAACCUGGACUGGGCUCUGGUCCUCGAGGAGUACAAGCUGGUCCCCUACCUGAAAGAGAGACUCAAACCAGGUUCUGCUGAGGAUGACCUCAUCCUGGAGGUGGUGAUCAUGAUUGGCACCGUGUCCAUGGAUGACUCUUGUGCGGCCAUGCUGGCCAACUCCGGCAUCAUUCCCGCUCUCAUCGAGCUGCUCAAUGCCCAGCAGGAGGACGACGAGUUCGUGUGUCAGAUCGUCUACGUCUUCUACCAGAUGGUCUUCCACGAAGCUACCAGAGACGUCAUCGUCAAGGACACUCAAGCUCCCGCGUACCUCAUCGACCUGAUGCACGACACCAACGCCGAGAUCCGCAAAGUCUGCGACAACACGCUGGACAUCAUCGCUGAAUACGACGAGGAGUGGGGGAAGAAGAUCCAGACGGAGAAGUUCCGCUGGUACAACGGUCAGUGGCUGGAGAUGGUGGAGAACCGUCAGAUGGACGAAGCAGGAGAUCAUUUCAUGUACGGGGAGGACGGAGAGUCCUUCAUCAGGAACGGAGACAUCCUGGAGGGACCCGACCUGUUCUACAGCGCCGAUGGGAUCAUCUCCGCGGACGGUGCCAUCAGUCCUGACUUCUACACCGACUUCCAGAACUUUGAGCUGGGACAGACCGGAUACCUGAGCAGUGUGUCGGAGCAGUUCGUCCCGGCAGAUCGACCAAUCAGCGCCUACGGUUUCCGCCCCGAUGAGCAGUUCUUCUCCGCCUACAGCACGGCGUCCCGGUAAAACCUGGAAGCUCUUCACACAAACAUGUUGAACAAAGUGUCCUGAUGUUCGAGUCCAGGCUGUGGACGGCUAGUAUCAAACUGAUGUAUGACUCAGCAGUCAGUGUCUUUAUCUCGAUGUCAUCUGUGAUUCAGGGAAACUUCCUUAAAGGACAGUUUGUGUUGUUUAAAGUGUGAUUGCAUGAAGUA